UUCAUGGAAAUACUGUUGGUGAAAAGUCAUUUUCAAUCGGGAUUCCAUCCAGGUCGGUUCGCUUUUGUGAAGAAAAUGGAAAAUUACGGCGAAAUUUUGAAGAGUUCGCGCGGUGGAGACGUUUUGCUGUUCGGUGGAUACAUGUACAGCCUCAAUCGACUGACCGAAGACACCUACUACUGGGAAUGCAAAUAUCGCAACAAAACGAAGAAGGAAGUGGCAAGUUGUUCGGCAAGGCUCAAUUCAAGACUUCGAGACAACCGACACCUGGUUUGUUCCACCGUUAAGGAUCAUACCCACGCACCGGACACUUCCGAGGUCGCUAAAGUAAGGUUGAGGAUGGAGCUGACAGAGAAUAGUAAUGAAGUUUUCUGAUUACAAGCUUGCAGAUUUUAUUGAUACAAUUACUAACGUUCUGUAAUUCUUUCUAACUAAGCAUUAAGCAGUAAAAAACAACAACAAAAAACUAAAAAAGAGCAUUUUUAAAAUACAUGAAAUUAAAAACACUUUUAUUAAAUAGCAUAAGAGAC